AUGGGCCUCAAUCAGACAUCGUACGACGUGAAUAUUGCCUGUACGAAGAUAUAUCAGCGUCACUGUGGACGUCCUACGUUGGCGACGUCUAUCAGGAUUCUACAGCUGCAAACUCCAAAAGAGUGUGCCAAACUCCCCCACGACCCCGUGUCUGUUGUGACUGUGACACCUCCACUAGAAAUGACCUGUUCCAAUCCCACUGCCCUAAUGAACCACGUCUACAACUGUUUAUUCAGCAAGCGCGAUGGAACAAAUGCCGUCUGUAGUGAUUCCUUCUCAAAAGACAAAGCGGCAGUCUGCCUGGUGGGUGUUACCGAACAGUGCUUCAAAACAACUCAUCUUUCUGCCGAGAAACUUAACAAGGGAAUAGAAAGACUCUGUGAAAAUGAAACAGAUUUCAACUCCACCUGUGUUAUGAAUUAUCUACGUGAUGGGCGUCAUUGUUUUGACAACACGACUAUGACAACAGCAACACCAGAAGGUGUCUGCAAGUAUCUCAGUGACGGGUCGAACUGUCUGUUCGGAUUGGCUGAGGUUUGCGAGAAGUCUACGUCACGUAUUUUAAAAAUCAUACAAGAUCACGUGACACCAGCGGUUUGCAGCCCGCAAAUAUUGGCCUCUCCAAAUCGAGAUACUCGACCACAUACAGAUUCUGGGGCCUGUCUGCAGCCAGUUGUUUUCUUCACUUCACUUAUCAUGGGGCUGCAUGUGAUAUCAUAAAGACAAAAGAACCAAUUAAAAAACCAAAAA